CCUUGGAGGGGCGGGGUGAGGAUGGAGGUGGCCCCAGUCUGUCAGUCCUGCCCUGGGCGCGGACACUGGCACACGGCACACCCCAGACCCGCCCUGGCACUCUCACUCACUCUCACUCACUCUCACUCACACUCACUCGUUAUCUCUAUUUCUCAGUGUCUCUCGCUACCCAAACCUCCAUUUCAAUUCUACUUUUUUUUUCUCGGCCUAUUUUACGUCCACUCUCACUCACUCACUCUCUCACUUUCACUCACUCACUCACUCUCUCACUUUCACUCACUCACUCUCACUCACUCACUCACUCGUUAUCUCUAUCUCUCAGUGUCUCUCGCUACCCAAACCUGCAUCAUUCUACAUUUUUUCUCGUCCUCUUUUUCGUCCACUCUCACUUUCACUCUCACUAUCUCUAAUUAUCUCCCAGUCUCUCUCUUCCUCUCUCUCUCUCUCUGUCUCUCUCUCUCUCUCUCCCCUCAAUCGCGGUUUUCAGUUCUCACAUUCCGCCUUUUUUUCUUUUCUCUCAUACUGUGUUACUUCUCUCGCUCGCUCACUUUCCCUCUCUCUAUCUCACUCACUAUCUCUAAUUAUCCCUGUCUUCCUCUCUCCCUCUCUUACUCGCCCUGUUUCCCAGCUCUCUCACUCUCGCUUUCACACGCACUCCCUUGCUCUCAUACCCUUUACUUGCUCUCCCACGCUCCCACACUCACUCCCUCUCUCCCUUCCGUUACUCACCCUUUAUUCCUCUUCUCCCUCAUUCCCUCUCUCCCUUACUCCUUGUCAUACGAAGAGGGGAGCUUACUUCUAAUCCCACUCCUCUCCCUCACCUCUCCCUCUUCUCUUCCUAUUCUCCCUUACCACUAAUCUCCCUCUGAGUGAAGUGCCGCGCGGCGUAAGGUGGAGUUAGUGCCUGUUUAGUGGUUAGUGCCAGAGGAGGGCCAGAGUUAGUGGUGGUGUCGCAGGAUAUGGAAAGAUCCUUCGCCGUGUUCCCCGCCACCAGACAUGCCUCAAAGGACUUGCUGGUGAGCUCUCGCGGUUCUUAGAAUGUCCUACAGUGCGCCUCCUACCCUGGAGAUCCUGCCUGGGCAAGCGGGGAAGGAAGGACAUGAAGGAGCGGGGGAGGGAGCACUUGAAGGACAGAUAGGAUUCCCCCAGCAUCUCCCGGCCUCAGAUCCUCACGCGUAUCCUUGGUAUCCUUGCCCUGUCCUUCACUCCGCGCCUGACCCACACCCACGCCCUCACCCACGCCCUCGCCCACGCCCUUUGCACUCUUCACGCGCCGCAGGACCCAGGACCAGUCACCCGUGCCCUCCAGACCUGUUCCAAGGAUCCUGCACCGCUGAAGGAUGUGCUGAGAUCCUACACUCCUUAUCAGCCCAUUCUCAGCCCUCCACAGACCUCUCACAGUCCUUCACAGCCUCCUCUCAGCCCCAAGCAUUUACAGACACAGACAAAACAGACAGGAUUCCUUGCACGGAUCACCACAACGUCAUCAGAAUACCAGACGCACACACGCACGCACACUCUCACAAUGGGUACACAGACACACACUACACUCUCCCUCGCACCCAUACACCCCCCAACCCCCCUCACCACGCACACGCACACACUCACCCACGCACUCACGCACACGCACACACGGGUGAUGUACGUAUCUUGCACACAUACGAAAAGAUGCACUCGCUACCCACGCACACAAAUGGUGAUGAUGGGGAAACUCAUCACCACCAUACGUCAUCAUCACCAUCUUCAUCACCACCACCACCACCGGAGGAAGUCAUGCAUUCUGCCAUCACCAAUCCAUCUUCAUCACCGUUGUCAUCACCACCAUCUCAGGUUAUCAUCCCCAUCAAGAACAAUACCAUUUUUCAUCACCUCAUGUCACCACCAUCACCACCACCGCAUCACACCACCAAAACGGAGAUCUCUCAUCACCACUUUUCGUCAUCACCACCACCAUCACCAUCACCAGUACCACACUCCGCCGUGAACCCUCUCUAUCAUCACCACGACACCUCAUCAACAUCACCACCAUCACCAUCACCACCACAUCCCUCCACCACCAAUCCUCUGUUCUGCCAAAUUCAAGAGGCAUUUCCUUCACCGUCAUCACCACUACCAUCACCACCACCUUCACCACAUCACCACCACCAUCACAAUGCAUCACCACCACCGUCACCACCAUACCCUGCAGACCAUGAAGACACCCCAUCAUCACCACCACCAAACACCACACAACGCCUGGACUCAUCACCACCUACACCAAAUAACACCGUAAACCAACACCACAACCACAUCAACACCACACCGCCACAAACACCACCACCACAAGAAUAUUUUGAGAGAGAGGAGCUGAAGGAGGUGAAGGAAGAGGAGGAGGAGGAGGAAGAGGAUGAGAAAGGAGGAGGAGGAGAUUGUGAUGAAGAGAAGAGACAGGAGGAGAGAAAGAGGAAGACAGGUCUGGUAAAAUGGUCAAUAUCCCCGGUCUUCAAAAUUGGCGGUGAGGACAGUGGUGAAGAUGGUGAUGAGUAUGGCCGACGUGGUGGUGAUGACAACACCAAACGCAUCACCACCAGAACGGGUAGCAGCAGCAGCAAUGACAGUGGCUGCGCGGACAACGACGAUUUCUACACCAACACCACCACAAACACCAGACACUCACCACUCUCAUCAUCACCACCAACUGCAUCACCACCCAAACGACGCUUCUCCCUCAACACCACAAGCACCACCGCAACCCCCACCGCCGCCAAUAGAGUCUUAGGAAGGAAGUUAUCAGGAGAAAGUGCGAGGCUAUUCCGAAGACAAAGAUCGCAAGAAAUUUUACUAGCACGACGAAAUGCUUUGGCGUCGGCGGCGAAGGAGGAGGCAGCGGCUGGCGGGGGUGCAGAAGGGGGUGCUGGGGGGAGUGGAGGGGGCGUGGGGGGCCUGCUGCGGCGUGUGUCAUCGGAGGGCAUGAUGUCAGCGCCCCUCCGUCGGCUCUCUGACCUAAGGAACAUCACCUGGACGCUUGGACUGCAGAUUCAUGGUUCGAUUCUCAACCUGGCGACGGAGAAGAGCAGGAAGCAGGUACAUGUUUUGAUUUACCUGUUGUUUUGUUUAUUUUUUGAUGGGUUGAUGGUUUUGUUGUUUUGCUACAUUUGUUUACUUUGUUUGUGUUUUUCUGGUUGA